AUGGAAGAAGAGGAACCUACGCUGCCCCGUUUGCCCGUCUCGCUACCCGCCAAUACUAGACGGAAACGAGGCAGAAAGGCCGAAAGCUCCCCUCCUCACUCGGCAACGUCCAGUGACCCCGCCAUAUUUUCCAGUGACGAUGAUCCCACCCUGGACAACUAUCAGAACGAAGGACGCCGCAAGCGACGGUACGUUGGUACUUGGUUUGAUCAGCACCCGGCAUCCUCGGAUUCUGGGGUGGGCGAGGACACGCCUGUAAGCUACCCCCCGCCCAGGCGAGUCGGCGAUCCGGCCCAGCACCCAAAGCGAGAGUUCAAGAGACAGCUUGACAGCGGUGUCUGGAUGGGAACGGACGGGACCAUGAGCGAUACGGACGAUGCUGUCGAUAUGGAACCCGCUGCUGCAAGAUUACCACUACCCCCCGCCCCGGCUCGCGCUACGAUGCCGCUCUCUCCGACUCGGCCACCGCCCACGUGGGCGGAGCGGAUUGCUUACAGCAAGAUCCGCACCUGCGUUGAGAAUGGCUGGGAAGAGGUCGAUCUUAGUGGCUUGGCCCUGGAGACCAUCCCUGAAGGCCUUCUCGAACCUAUCUCUGAUAUCUCUCCGAUACCGAAUGUGGCUAAGGACGUUGCUUUCGAGCAGAGAGACCCUCAGAUCAAGGUGUUCCUGUCCAGCACUCAGCUUACGAGUUUUCCCCUCGCUCUUUUAAACGUCGAGCACCUCACCGUCCUCAGUCUUAGGAGCAACCAGCUCGCGAGAAUCCCACCGGCCAUUGCAAAGCUCAGGAACCUAGAACACCUCAACGUCGCCCAGAACGAGCUCCGAUUCCUGCCUGGCGAACUUCUGGGGCUCCUCCAGAAAGGCAGCAAGCUCCGCAACUUGAACUUCCUGCCCAACCGGUUUUGGCAGCCCGACUUGGACACCGCUUUAGCCGUUGGUUGGGGCGCGAACGAGUACGAAGAGCGCACGUUUGGCCCCCGCCCGAAUGUCAAAGUAAGGCCCGAUUGGUAUGGGCUCACGACGAGAGUCCGAUUCCGGACGCCUGUCCAGUUCAUGGACAGCACCGGCGCGACCCUCUCCCGCUUCGCACUCCCCGACCUGAAACCGGGCACCAUUCAGGACUCUAGUUUGGAGUUGGAGCCUUUCACUGAGCUCGCCGCGCCAAGGGACCUAGAGAUGCAGCUCCACUCCCGGACCACCAGCAGUACCGUGAAGGCGAAAGGGGUGAAAUCCCUGUUUGAGUUAGCUCUCGGCACCUGCGUGGCUUCGGGACAGUUGGACGUCGUCAUGGCAUGGCUCCGCGAAGGAGGGGAGCGGCCGAAACAUUUGGCGGCCGCGGUUGAGAGGGCGGCAGAUAUCUGCCACGAAAAGGGACUCAACUGCUCGGUGUGUGGGAGGCAAACAAUUGCACCGGUGGCGCAGUGGGUUGAGUUUCGGCACAUCGGGCGGACGACAGUUUUUCUUGACACGGACAGAUUUACGGCACUGGGCGAGGCUGGCCAGGCGGUUCCAGUGCCUUUCCUGAGGGUUGGUUGCUCGUGGAACUGCGUGCCAAUGAAGAUCGAGAGGCGUGUGGACGAAAACUGA